CACCGUCAAUAAACAAAUAAAACCACACAUAUUUGCAUUGCCAAGAGAAGGGCAAAUAUUUCACGUGUGUGUGCACAGUGAGUGUGAGCUGUAACCAAGCGCACCCUUGCUGCUUUUUUGCUAGCACUUUCCACAGCUGUCAGCUGAGCGGUUACGUCAUUCAAAACAACACACCUCCCUCUCCAGAGACGGGCCACUUGUGAAGAUGCUCGGUGGGGCGGAGUUAACAUUGACUGAAACAUAACGGCCCUCCGGUCUAAACGCUGUAGUCACUUUGCUAACGGUCAGGCCUUUUCAUCUCGAAGUAAGGCAUCGACCUUUUGCAUAUCACUUCCGCGUUUUAAUUAUCACGAAAAAGACCGUUUGGGACAAACAGUGGAAUAAAAGGGUUGCAGAUGGCUAUGGUAAAGAGUGGCUGGCUUCAUAGACAAAGUACCAUAUUACGCCGGUGGAAAAGAAACUGGUUUGAUUUGUGGGCUGAUGGCCGGCUCGUCUUCUACAAUGAUCAACAACGGCGCGACAUGGAGGAUGACAUUCACAUGAGAGUCCACUGCAUCAACAUCCGCAACUCUGGAGCAUGCCAGGAACUGAACCCACCAGAGGGAAAGAUACGUGAUGCAUUGUUCCAGAUAGUGUGCAGAGAUGGACGUGUCAUCAGCCUGUGUGCAGACAGUGCAGAUGAUGCCCUUGCAUGGACCAUGGCACUGCAGGAUGCCAGGAUUAAUACGGUGGUUGCUACUCCUCAGAUUGGUUUUGCAGAAGUGAUUGCAUCUGCUCCUCCCCCCUACUCCGAAUAUACUCACCCACAGGUUUAUGCUCCAGGCCCAUAUGGAGACUACAGUGCUCCACCUCCUCGUCCUACACAGAUGGUUUACUCUGCAGAUGGCCAAGCCUAUGCUGUUGCAUAUCCGUACCAGUACCAAGGUGGAUAUGGUACUCCUGGAGUGAACCACGUUAUUAUUCAGGAGCGUCACCGUGACAACGGAGGAGAUAUGGCUCUGGGCAUGCUUGCUGGAGCAGCGACGGGUUUGGCUCUCGGUUCUCUCUUCUCGGUCUUCUAGGAUCCCAACUGGUGAAGAGUCAUCAGCUUCCUGAACUGACAUACAUAUUUAUUAUCCAUACACCUUACUGUAAAGGCCUCCUCAGUGCAGUCACGUUGAUUUCUGUCGGGUCACGUCUGUGAAACAUGAUCGUGAGAAGCCGUCAACUACUAUAGUGAAUACUUUUAGGACUUUCCUUUAAAACUAUUUUAGUGUUCUUCCUAUAUUUUGUUUUAUUAUUAAUAAAUUGAAAAAAAAAACGCACAUGGGAGACCUAAAUAUCAGUAAGGAAAAUAAUCAGUUUGUGUGCAAUUAAGGUCCUCUCUGUUUCAGUUUCAUGAAGCGUGGUUCGUCUUUUGUAUUUGGAAUCCUAAACCUUCUAUUUAAGACUUCAUUGUUUUGUUUUUCUUUCUGCUGCAUCUUUUGUUUUCUUUGAACUUUCAGUUAAAUCCUGCAGAAACUCGUUUGUUUCUAGGUUGAGGUGAGUGAUGUGUGAUUGUGCACGCUCAAAGCAACAUUUACGUUCAUUGUGGCAUUUUUAGACUUAAAUCUUAAUUUUCUUCAUAAUUCAUUAUGUACAAGGUAACGUUUGCAUUAAUUAUGAAGGGACAUCACUUCUACAAUUUUACAUUUUCAUGCAUUUUACUUUAUUCAUUGGCAGCUGUUGAGUAGCUCUUUUGUUUAGUUAUUUAAGCAGACCUACAGUAUGAAGACAUUUCCGUUAAAUUGGGUUAUUAUUUAAAGCUCUUGAAUAUUUUUCUUUAAUUUAAAACAGACUUUUCUCCACAUAUUGUUUAUUCUCACCAUCAGCCUCGGAAAUAGAAGCAGAUUGUAGUUUUACAAACAAAUAGUAGUUUUUUCCUAAACCUUUUAAGACUAUUUAAAGAUGUGAAAUAAAAUAUUUACGCAUUAAAUUAAGGUUUACUAUGUAAUAAAGACAAAUGUUAACUAAGAUGUAUUUUAACAAAUAAAUAUAUUCACAAAGCCAAAAAA